CAACCGCUACUCUGUCCAAAGCAUCGUCUGUCUUUUCCUCUAAUUUUAUCCCAUUCUCAUUCCUCCGUUUCCUCCCCCGUCCCUGACCCCAACCCUCUUUUUCCUUAGUUCCCGACGGCCCGUGUUGUGUUCUCUGUUUUCGAUCCUACUGCGCAUCCCUCGUCUCCUCGUCCGGUGCCCAACGCAAGCCUCUAUUGCCUUCAAGUUUCCGACAGGCCAAGGAAUAUAAUCAGUGCCUGACGGAAGCCGCCUCUUGCUUUCUAGUUUCCGAUUGACCAGGGUAUUCAUAAGGUAAUUUUGAAACCCUAAACCUAAUUUGAAGAUUUCUUUCUACUCGAGUCUCGAAAUUACGAUUUAUUUGGUCUCUGCAUCAUUGUCUUUCUGCUAUAUUUGUUUUUAUGUUUUCGACCCUGAUGCUUGCCCCUCUCCUACUCCUCCGGUUUCCGAUUGACCAGGGAAUUAAGUAAGAUUCAGCUAUGGAAGUUGACCAUUACAGCAUUCUGGGUUUACCUUCAGGCGAGGAAGGAGCCAAUUUGACCACAAAAGAAAUUACCAAGGCUUAUAGAGAAAAAGCUCGUGCUCUUCAUCCUGAUAAACGAAAAGAUGAUCCAAAUGCCCAUGAAAACUUUAUAAAGCUCAAAUCCUCGUAUGAAAUUCUUGUUGACGACAAAGCUCGUAAGCUCUUUGAUGAUCUCCUCCGGGUGAAACAUGAACAGCAGCGUCGUUUUGCACAGCAAGACUCAAAACGAAGGAAAAUGAUGUCAGAUUUGGAAGAUAGAGAACGUGCUUCUUUUGCUCCGGAUCCUGAUGUAACGGCUAAAGAGGAAGAAGAGAGGAUUGCUAGGAAAUUAAAAGAGGAAAUUGCAAGGAUCCGUGCAAUGCACGCUAGUAAGGGUGCUGGUAUGCCUACAGGCUCAGGUUCGGGCUUGAAUCAAGACAAGGUUGGGAUAGAAGGGAAUAAUGAGGGUGGGGCUAGUGGGGAGUUGGAUAAAGAGAAGGUUUUAAAGGUUUCUUGGGAAAGAAUUGAGGAAGGUUAUACAGCAGAGAAGCUAAGGCAAUUGUUUUCCAGGUUUGGAGAAGUGGAGGAUAUUGUUAUCAAAAGCUCAAAGAAAAAAGGGUCUGCUCUAGUGGUCAUGGCUACUAAAGAAGCAGCUGUUGCUGCUACUGGAAGCGUUACUGGGGUUCUACACAAUCCAUUGCUGGUUGUGCCUCUUAAACCGGCAAUUGCUGCAGAAUUUCCUGCUCCCCAGAAGGCCGAGGAACAAGAUCGUUUCAGUAAUCUGGUUGGGGCUGGUUUCCAAGCUUUUGAAGAUUCUGUUUUAUCCAAACUGAAAAAGGCUGCCGAAAAACAACAGAAGUGAUGUAGAAAAGGCCUUGAAGAUAAUGUUUAAAAUCACAUUUUAACUAUACAUGCAGCAACAGUGAUGGACUAGGGGAAUGACCAGAGAUGGAUGAGGGAGAACAUAGGAAUUUUUUUUUGUAACAGUGAUGGACUAGGGGAAUGACCAGAGAUAGAUGAGGGAGAACAUAGGGAUUUAUUUUUGUGAUAACAUAGAAAAAUUUCAAAUUAUCAUAUAUUUUACCUAUUAUACUGUAUAACAUGUAGGGAGGCUAAAUUUUUUGAAUAAUGCGGUG